AUGGUCAACGAACCUGACAAGAGUUACUGUGACACGAAAACGUCACCGACAUGUAAUUGUAUCGGAGGUUUCGUUCCGAAGAAUCCGAUGGCGUGGGCUUCGGGAGAUACGUCCAGUGGUUGUGUGAGGAAGUCGCCACUGAGCUGCGGCAGCAGCGGAAAUGUGUUUUCGCGGUUGACGAAGAUGAAGUUGCCGGAGACGAGUAGAGUCAUUGUGGACAGAGGAAUUGGGUUGAAGGAAUGUGAGGAGAAGUGUCUCAAGGAUUGUUACUGUAUCGGGUUCGCGAAUACGGAUAUCCGAAAUGGCGGGUCGGGUUGUGUGAUUUGGACCGGUGAGCUCGUCGAUAUGCGUAACUACGUUACCGGAGAUCAAGAUCUUUAUGACAAAACAUUGAUCGGAUAUUACGAAAUUGCAUAUGUGAUAUGUUGUUACCCAUUAAAACGUAUCUAA